AACGUUGCGACUGUCGUGCUAUUGACGGACGGAAUAAUGCUCCGGCGAUAAACAUCACUGCAUCAAGAAAUGGUUUAUUUUGGAGUAUAUUUUUCGAGAAUAUACUUGAUUCUGACAAUACUACUACCUCGGGCGUAUUCGAACAAACUAGAGAUGUCUGCUUCACUCGACAAAGUUUUAGGUGACGCAAUGUUACUGAAUUACUCUCUUGGAGCGAUAUUUAUUUGCCUUACUGCAUACACUUUUACGGUAGUAGAAGACUUUUAUCAGUCUGUGCGUUACUUCUCCUUUUUCAUGUCAUUACUCGUUGAGAGUUUUAAUCAAUGCAUUGUUGGACAAGUUUUAAGUGACCACAGUGAAAACUUGACCGAAUCGAUCUACUCAGCAGAUUGGCCGAAUGCAAGCCAAGAGGUGAAGAAAAUCAUGCUAAUGUUCAUGAUGCGAACUCAGAAACCAUUUAAGCUAACGGCUAAUGGAUACCUUGUCAUGAAUCUCAACACAUUUAGCGCUAUAUGCAGCACUUCAUAUCAAUUCUUCAAUUUGUUGCGCACAGUUUAUCCUUAG